AUGGCAUUGAAGCUGUUCCAGAGACUCCCCGCUGUCCUGCAGUUUGGACCCAGCAGGCUCCUGGUGGUGUGUCCGGCCUGCGUGUGCACCUCGCCGGGCCGCUGCAUCCUCACACAGGGCUGCAGGAGGCUCUGGCGGUCUGCGAGGAGCCUGACCACCAUCGCCAAGGAGCCGUCCUUCGUGGCCGGCAGCUCGGCGGGACUACGCAGAGACUCCGUCCCCCGGUUUUGCCUGACCCUGCUACACGGCCCCGCAGCCGAGGAGGAGCGGGCUUUCUGCCAGCUCUUGAGUUCUUGCUCGUCUUCGGGGAAGGUGUUGAAGCUGGUCCGCUCGGCCGAGAUGAUGUCUGACAGCAUGGCGGCGGCCGUCCUCCAUCGCGUGGCCGACCUGGAGCGGGAGGCCCACGCCCUCAGGGACCCUUCGGUGCUGGAGGACGAUGUCAUCAGGGCGCUGUGCUUCCAGCUGGAGCGGGACUCGCGCAGGUUGAGCGAUUCGGGCCUGUUGGCGGCCCUGCUGGCCGGCACGCGUCUCUUCUUGGACCCAAUGAGCACCCUGAUGGUGCGGCUGGUGACGGAGAGCCAGGAGAGGCUGAACCGAGGCGGAAUGAGCGUGGGCCAGCUGUGCACCCUGGGCCAAGCGGUGCACGCUAUGAAGGGUCCAGUUGGUAGCGUGAUGCUGGAGGAGGUGAUGGAGCACAUCCGGAAGCAGGAACCCUCCAAGUGGAGCCUUGCUGAACUUGUGGCUGUGUAUGGACUUUUGGGAGGAGGCGUGGCUAGAAACAGGUGCUACCAAGACCUCCUGAAUGCCAUGCACGCGCACGCCGUGAAGGUGGCCUCCUCCAUGGAUAAGGUGGCUGUCAGCGGGGUGCUGGGUUCCCUGAUGGCCUUGAACCAAACCAAGGUGACGCCUCUGGUCAUCGCCCUGUGCAAGCAGGCCGUCCGCCACGUGCCUCACUUCUCCGACGAGGAGCUGGCGGCGGUCCUCGCCGCGCUCAUGCACUACGGCCUAAGCGACCGCUACUUCGUGGAAGCCGUGGAGAGACGCGCACCCAGCUUGGCCUUCACGGCCCACCCGGAGACGGUCACCAAGGUGAUGCAGUUCUUCGGCCUGAGAAACAUUUUGUCCCCGCAGGUGCUGGACGCCGUGGCCGAGAGUUUUGUGUACCGGGCGGACGCCUACAGCACCGACCAGGUGGCCUUGCAGAUCGUGCCUUUCGGCAAGCUGGGCUACCUGCCGCCCAACGCCGCCGAGCUCUUCCGGAAGGUGGAGGCCGUCCUGCAAACGCGCUCCUCCCAGUUCCAGCCUCACAUGCUGAUCAGACUGCUGCACUCCUGCAUCCUGGUGGAGAGGUUCCCCGUCAACUUCGUGGCCAAGGUCUUCUCCGAGUUCUUCCUGCAGCAGCUGCAAGAGGAAGGUAGCGGCAUAGAUUACAACAUCCGGGCGCAGCUGACUCAGCUCGACAUGACCGUCAAGUUGGAGUGUCUCUUCCAUCAGGGUCCCCGCCUUGGUCCCAAAUACCGUGUCAAGUCCUACCAGGUGGCGGGCUCCACGAUAGAGACGCCGGUGAACGUGCACUUGUGCAACGCUGUGAAAAUUGAUCUGAUGAGCCUGCUGGGGGGUGUCUCCUACUUUGGCUCCCAAGUGCUGACGCCGUACUGCUACACGCUGGACGUGGAGCUGAAGCUGGAUGAUGAAGGCUACGUGCUGCCUGCCCGUCACAAGGACGUGUGCAAGAGGAUCGCCGUGUGCAUCGAUGGACAGAGCAGGUUCACCAACAACACCAGACAGCUUCUCGGGAAGGAGACCAUCAAGCAGCGUCACCUGAGGCUGCUGGGAUAUGAAGUUGUCCAGAUCCCCUUCUAUGAGUUUGAGCACCUGCACGGCACCGCCCGUGUGGAUUACCUCCACGAGAAGAUCUUCUCCAACAGCUACAGACUGAGCUGGUGAUGUCACAUCUUUUUUUUUUUUUUUUACCAGGAACUGCAAAUACAUGCUGGAGGUUAUUUGCAAUAAACUCUACUGUGACACACAGGGA